UUAUCAGCAUUGGGAAAAGAAGCUGGUGCGGGGCAGGACGUGACCAAGGCCUUGCUGACUUGUGGCGACCAUAUUCCAAUCGUCUGUCAUUUGAAAUGAAUCAUCAGUGCUCGUUGACCUUAGGGAAAGGUGUUCCGUUUCAAGAUGCGAGGCGUGGUUGGGUUGCAGAAAUCGGUACCGGACGGUGAAUUUGCUAUGCAUGGAUGUCGUGGUUGUGCCAGUUGGGCUGUCGCUUGACUGGUUUCUACCGAUUCUCGCAUUCCGGCAUGUAGUUAUGGCAUCUUGCCUCGCCGGUGGCUUGCUUACGUUUGUGAUCCGCGCUUACGUCGGUUUGUUUGUGGGCUUUGGGGGAUUGUUGGUGUCAUGACGGGAUCAAUGCGGUUCUAGGAUAUGGAGCGAGGAGUUCUGUGGGAUUAGUUCCGUGUGAUCGUUGAUGAUCGAGGAGUUGGGAAUCGCUGUGAGCCGAAGUUCGUUGCAAUUUGUCUUUGCUAGUGACGAUGUCGAUCGUCCGUCACUUUUAUUCCUCUGACCGAGGCGGUGAAGAAGCAGGUGAUGAGAGAAUAGCUGGAUUGACAUUUCUGCGAAGGAGAGGACAUUGAAUUGUACAGGGAGUUGAUCUUAAUUUUUGAAUCAACAUUGUAGAGCGGGAGAUAUAGCCUAUAGGGUUUGAUUGUUUUUUCACUGUUUUUCGUCGGAAGCUUUCACGACUUUUCUCUCCCUUUUAAUUGUUGGCACAUAGAUAUAACCUGCUGAAUGCAUGAUGAAUCCGUCGAAUACCAUGUGCCCGGCCCUGGCUGCACCCAAUUGUAGUACAUUCACAUGCUUGCGUUACUUCUUUGCUGGAGUUGUGGGACUUGGUCUCGUUGAAUUGGUACUCGCUUUGUAUUUGCUGAACAAAGUUUGGAUAGUGAACUGUAGACCAAGACUACCUGUUAGCUCUGAGUCGAUUUUGAAUAUUGACUGUGAAGACGGCUCUAUCAGCCUUCAGGGAAACGCGUGGAUAGCCCCAUUUCCUGACGGUGAUUUGAGCAAACUAGUUAUAAAAUAUCCUCGAAAAUACAAGAAGAACAAGGAUGGCCAAAGAGUGGGUUCAAGAGUUGAUGGCACGUUAGGGGAUGUACUGGAAAUUGCUCCUAUGUGGAGGCGCGCUUCUCUGAAGAACAAGGUUUUAUUCCUGAAAGCAGUUGAUGGAACUACUGAAGAAGUCUCGCUCGAAGGCUGUGAAGUAUUAAGCGUGUCAAGUAGCCCAGGACCCAACCGCAAAUGGGGAAAGAAGUUCCCAAUCAAGCUUCACCAUCCAAGUCGUGACAUAUACCGGGGGUGUAAGCAAUUUCUAUUCUAUUUAGAGUCAGGAUUUGCGAAGGAAACUUGGUGUCAAGGAUUUCGAGCUGUAGCCAGUCAGGGAAUAAGCGAUUGGACUCUCUUGAUGAAACGUAGGUACAAGGAAUAUACUCGAGUAGCUGAAGGAAACAUGCCAUAUCUGACUAAGUUCUAUUCGGGAGGCGAGGAUCGGCUUGUGAACUUCAAACAGGAGGAGGCUGAACGGCGUAAAAAGAGACGGAUAAUAUGGAACAUGUUGGCGCGGCGUGUUUCAAUCGGGAAUGGUCACAAGAGAUCAAAAUUCGUCAUUGCCGUCGACGAAAUUCAGCGUGGAACAGAACCUCUUUCUCAACAGCAUGAUGACAAGAACAGGAAAAAAAAAGAUACUGAUCUCCAUGAGGGUCGUAGCGCCACUAACCCCUCUUUUUCAGAAACCGCAAAAGUUAAUGAUUCCAAUCAUGUCCAUGACUAUCGUUGUACACUUCCCGAAAAGUUGCCAAUCUGUGAGCCUGAUGUGAAUGCCGGUGAAGGAAAUAAUCCUGCUUCUGGAUGCACCCAGAGCGACGAUCUUGAUGAAGUUUCUGCAACCUACCGGAAGUUCCAGAAAUCAAGGGGGGGCAAGGAGAUCGAACAAGGAGUGCUUUGCCUGAACAUGAUUAUUGCGAGGCUUUACUUUGACUUCAAUCAAAGUAUAGAACGGCUCGCAAGUGUAGAUCGGUUUUUUCAGAACCUCAUUAUGAAGAUAAAAAUUCCAAGCUACAUAAAAUCAAUUGAUGUCAAAGAAUUUGACCUGGGGAAAAAACCCCCUUUUGCGACAGCCAUCCGUAUUCUCCCUGCAGAUGCUGAGGGGACCAUAGCUAUGGAGUUGGAUGUGGAGUGGCAUGGUGGGGGUUAUCUCACGUGUGAGACACGUUUGGAUUUGCGAGAGCAAUCAGCACAGGAGAAUGUUGCCGUUCAAUUGUCUGGAUCAAGGUCAGAGGGGGAUGCUGCUGCAGCAGUACUAUCCGGUAUACGAGGGGACUUUGGUUUGACAGGUUCAUCAGAUUUGUCGGCUGCCGUGCAAAAGGCAACAGAAUGCAAUCUUUCAAACAGCUCCGAAACAGGUGAUGAAGGAAGUAGUAGGAAUGGAGGGUUGAGACGACCAUUUAAGAGCGUGAUGUCUCGUGUCGCAGAUCAUGUUUCUCAGGUGCCAAUAACCUUGAAGAUCAGGUUAGUGUCGUUGAAGGGAACUAUCGUAUUGAGGCUGAAAGCUCCACCAUCAGAUCGGGUUUGGUUUGCAUUUAAAGAAGAGCCAGAGAUCAACUUUGCACCAGAGCCAUGUAUCGGUGAGCGUCGGAUCAGCAGUACUACAUUGGGAGCAUAUGUUGGUAAACUCAUUAAGGCACGAAUUCGGGAGUCUGUUGUCAUGCCGUUUUGUGAAAGUUUUCAUCUUGAUUGGAUGGUAGCAGACAAAGACAACUGGCUACCUCAAAGCCAAUUCCCCUUAUCCUUCUUUGUGGCGAAAUCCUGGGAAGCUGAGCGCCAAGCCUCCAAACAGGAACUUGAAACGUCUCAUUCGCCUUUAAGGGAUGUGGCAUGUAGCCCUGAUCAUCAAUCACUUUCUGGCUCACAAAGCAGUGACAGCGGCCGAAACAAACCUCCCAAGGCUCAACCCUUAUGCUUUCGCUCUCGUUCUCGCUCUCAAAGUGAGUUGCAUAGAGACUCAUCCAGACUACGGAAAACAGCAUCAUCAUGAGCCAGCCACAACGGCGUUUCAGGAUGUCAUUCUUGAGGAAGAAGGACGGAGCAAUGCUGCAGAAAAGCUGCACCGCAAGAGACCAGGCGAUCUGGAUGGUUCGCCACACUCUCAAUGCAUGGACACAUCUGCACAUGAAUGCAAGCACCUCAUGGUUGUAACUGAUCUGCUCUACAUCUAGGUUUUGAUAACCGAGUUUCUUCGGUGGAAAGCAUCAUCUGGAGCGUAUUCAAUGACUUAGCAGAUUGGCAUAGAAGCAAUUGGUUGUUCAAAACAACAAUAGCGGUGAUAAGUGAAGUGGAUAUGGAACUGGUUUGGACCCAAGUGAGGUAUACAAAGAGUUGAUGAUUUCAUAGGUUUCUAGGGGUUAACAGCAAGUGGGUGCUCCCAUACUCGGUUUCAAUUAAGAGGUAUUUGAGGGGCAUGGUCAUUGCCAAGGGAAUUCCCUCGAAUGGAGGUCUGAUAAUUCCUUUGGCAAUGAUUUUCUUACAAUUUUAAUUUUAUUCAGUUACGUUGGUUGCCGAAGAUAUUCUAGCUUCAUUAUAAACUUGAACAACAUUUAACACUUAUUACAUGUGCUGAAGUCUUCGCUA